GCGAGGAGUUAUUUGAUUGGUUUGAAAUAUUUUAAUGAAUCCAAAAUGGUGGACAAAGUAGAAAGUGGAAGCCGGCGUGAUAAUUAAUCCAAAUUCUACUUGAAAUAAACAUUAAUUUGAGCAUCAAGCAAUGCCAUGACUGACACCUUAGAUUUGGUCAGAAAAGAGCUGGUAUUAACAGACAUCAGAACCCAAAAAACGGACAGACAGCUAUUGAAUCUAUGUCAUUAAUCAGUACGUUUGAAUUGUAAUAAAUAAUUGGAACUACAUUCAUUAUAUGGACGCAGCCAUCAAAGCGAAGUUGGGUUAUUAAAAACUUCAAAUACCAAAGAAAAAAGACUUGUUUAAACAAGAAAACCAGCAUUAUAUUUGAUUGUAUAUGAGGGCUUCAAACAACUUUGACCAGUAGAAUACCCUAGUCUGCAGUAGAAACAAGAUGGCGGCACCUGAUAUGGAUGUGAUUAAAGAGAUACCAGGAUAUAAGGUCAUACUGAAAGCAGUACUCAAGGCUCAAAUACAGCAAUUAGUUGAGCAGUUAGCGGACUACACAGAGGAAGACUCUAUAAUCCUCACUGCCAGUAUACAUGAUGGUACACUUAGUCAUCUUGGAUCUGAUUCUGGGAAGUCCUUCCUUGAUGACCAUGAAGAUGUUAAAUCUCAGUUUCUCGGCUUCUGUCUAAAAUAUCAUCAUAAAAAGAAGCAGGAGAAAGAAAGAGAAGAACGAGAAGAAGCCAUGCGUAAAGCUGCUGCUGCAGCCGCAAAUACAUUCACUCCACGUCAUUAUAUGCCUACACGAUCUCCGCGACAAAUGACGCCAAGGUUCAUGGGUGCAAGGCAUCCUAUACAUUCACCACCACAGCGGCAUCAACCUUACCCAGUCACAAGGCCAAUACGAGCUCCAGCUAUGCCAGUUAGUACUCCGAGUCCGUUAAAAUCUCCCAAUAGAAUUGAUGGACAGAUAAUAAAAAUUGAACCGGACGAUAAUAAUGAUGAAACAUCAAAUCAAGAAGCGGGGGAUUUGGAUACAGCGGAAUCGGAAACAAAUGCUCAAAACUCUAGUCAAUCUCCAUCUCAAAAUAAUCCUCCAUCAACUCCAUCAAAACUUAAAUCUGAAUCUGGCGAAAAAGACGACGAUGCUAGAUCAGAAUCCUCUAAUUCUACCAUUCCAAAUGAACCAGCAGCAGAAGGACUUAGUUUAGACUCAGACUUGUCAAAUUUGAUCUCAGGUGGUAAUCAGCAGCAAAGUUCAGAAACUAGUGAAAUGGACCCAAAUGUUAGUGUUAAAUUAGAAGCUUUAACUGAAAAUGAGAUGGAGUUAGAAAUAACGGGCGUAGAGCCCGGUAGACCUGUUAUGCCCCAGGAUAACUGGGACCCUAAUGUUUCCAUGGGGAUGAACUUUGACCCCACUGGUGCUACUGGAAACCAAGGUGAUAUGACAGCUCAAGGAUACAUUGCUCGGCCUUUUCAAGAGCGAGUUAUUCCUGCACCAUCUCCAAUUUACACAGACCAAGAUCAGCAGAGAAUACAGAUUCCAAAGGUACCACCUGAGCUUGAAGACAAAACCUGUAAUGUGUGUGGUAAAGUAAUGGCUACCCGCGGUGCCCUCCAAAUGCAUGUGCGAAUACAUACCGGAGACAAGCCUUUUGAAUGUGACAUUUGCCACAAACGGUUCAACCAGAAAGGAAACUUAAAAGCACAUAAAAUGACUCAUUAUGAAUUGAAAAUUAUGUAGUUAAAGGUAUUUUAUAUAUAUACCAUUCGUUUUGAGUGUGAGAUUUACCACAAAAGGUUCAGUGAAAGGGAAAGAUGCAUAAAAUGACAAGUGAUGUAGCUGUACAUAAAUGCGAAUGGGGCAUUUGCCAGAAACAAUUCAGCCAGAACAUUUUAUGAACUGAAAUAUAGCUGUGUAUAGAGGCAUAGUGUUACAAUUAAGACAUUGUAAGCUUAUAUUUUAUUACUGACAGUAAAUUUACCUUUACAUCCAUAUUGGUGUUGUCAUUGCACACAAAAUACACAGACUCUUAGUGGUAGAUCUCCCAUCCAAGAUGUUGUUUGUGAUGACAUGCAAGCACAUCCUUAUCUUGAGAGUUUGUUACCAUAGAUGUCAAACUUACUGAUAAAAGACUAGUUUGGUUCUCAAAGCUGAAAGAUAUUGAGAGGCCCUAAAUUAACUCUUACCAUGCUGGACACAAUCCAUUCUGCCUUUGCAGCCAGUGUAGAUCAUGAUCAGCCUGCACAUCCAUGCAGUCUGAUCAUGAUCUGCACUGUUCACCAUUCAGUCAGUAUCUUUUUGGUGAGCACCCCUUUUAACAGUUAAUGGUACAGUCGAAAUUGGAAGAUGGACAAGUUCAUUAUAGAAAUUUAGCAAGGUAAAGGUUAAUGGAUAUCACAUAAAUACAAAUUUCAUGUUACAGCUGACAAUGUUGAAAUAUAGACAUUUUGUUCUUUUAUCUUGAAAGAAAGAAAUGUUCAGUAGGACUGUCUUGACCAGACUGCAGUAAUAGAAAUUUAUUCUUAAUUUUGAACAAUCAAUCAGACCAGAAAGAAAAAAAAAUAGAAUCAUUUCUCAUUAGUUAAACAUGUCACUCAUUGGCGCAGUAUUGCAUCUGUCUGAAUUUGAGUUUAUGUCAUUGAUGACAUCACUUGCAGAUUUUUAUGCCCUCUUUGGCGAAGAGUGAGUAAAGUUUGAUUUCACUUCAGUUACUAAAGAAUGCUUGAUAUUUUGAUAGUGAAGCUUCAUAGGGUGAGUGCUUGUCAUCAGGAGAUGAAAUUGUUUAAGGGGCCAGUAGAAUGGAUUAGACUAUAGUUGUUAAACUUCAUAAGAUGAUUGCCAAUGGUCAGUAGGGAAACUCUAUUACUUUUUAGGUCAGUAGGUUAAAAGUCAAGGCAACAAUGACCUUGAGACUGAAAAUGAUUUCUGUUCAAUAAGUAAAGAAUACUUUUGACUACCGUCUUCAAACUUUGUAGGUUAAUUGGCUUAGGUCAUUAGACAACCCCUAUUGUUUUUGGGGUCAGUAGAUCAAAGGAAAAGGACACAGUUACUGAUAGACUGAAAAUUGUUUCCAUUCUAUAACUUAAGAACCCAUUAGCCCAUUGCCUCCAAACUUAAAAAGAUGAUUGCAUCUUGCCUAUAAAUGACCACAAUUUUUUAUGGGAUCAGUAGGUCAAAGGUCAAGGUCAUAGUGAUCUGCAGACUGAAACUGUGAGAUACAGUGUUUGGGUGAGGGGAAGCAUGUGUAUAUUACAAAUGGCUCUUGAUUCCUUUUUAUCAGAUCUACAAAGAAUGGGACAUUAUUUCACAGACAUAUAAAUCUCUUCACAUAAAAAUGUUUUAAUUAAUAUGUAACAGUGUUUUGAAAUUUUAAUUUUAGAUAAAUGUGGUCAGUUUUGUUUUCAGUCCUACUUUCAACAUUGCAUGAUCUUAACAAGAUUUCUUAAUUAUAUACAGGAUAUUACAUGAGUGUUUUACCUUGUAUUUGUUAAAGAGUUCAAUAAAAUAAUAAAAUAUCA